AUUUCGUUCGCGGUCUUUUUCAAAAUUGUUUAUUUUGUAAUUUUUUAAAAUCCUCAUUCUGAUGCGGUGUCGAUGAGCGGCGUCCUUUACGCCAUGUUUAUUAUUUUCAAGGUCGUCGUUUUAGGUUAUGUUAUGUGUCAACGUACCGAAAGGUUUUUUCGACAAAAUCAAUGGAAAUGAGCUCUCUUGAAAGAGAUCCUAAAAAAAGAAGGGUCAAACCAGUCGAAACGCAAUCAUCGAUUUUAGACUUCGAUUUAGGCGAAAGUUCUGAUGAUUCGGAUUUUCGGAUUGAAGAUCAUCCCGAAAUCAGCGAUGAUGAUUCCAUGGAUAGUAAUUGCGAAGAAGCAGUAUCGGAAAGUACCGAUGAUGAAGAAGAUAAUUCUAGUUCCGAUUUAGAUGAUAUAAAGGUAAAUCUUCCCUCGAAUGGUCUUUCAGUCGCCGACAUAAUUCAAAAAGCAAAUGCACAAUCGAAAAAUUUACCACUCGACGAGAAAGCUGCGCAAUUAUUAAUUUGUUGUGGUUGUUUGGGAGAUCAAUCGGAUGGUAUAAAUGAAAUUGUUGAAUGCGAUAGCUGUGGGGUGACCGUCCAUGAAGCUUGUUAUGGAAUAACUGAUUCGGCCAGUUUAUCUAGCACAGAUUCUUUAUCACCAACGGCUGCCUGGUUUUGCGAAGCAUGCACCGCCGGCGUAAAAACUCCAAUUUGCGAACUCUGCCCGAAUUCAGGGGGAAUUUUUAAAGAGACGGAUGUUGGAAAAUGGGUUCAUUUGGUUUGCGCCCUUUACAUACCAGGCGUUGCAUUUGGCGAAGUUGAUAAACUUUCAAAUGUAACUUUGUUUGAAAUGCCGUAUAACAAAUGGGGCGCAAAACCUUGCAGUUUAUGCGUCGAUGAUAGAUUCGCUAGAACAGGAGUUUGUAUUGGUUGUGACGCCGGGUUAUGCAGGAAUUUUUUUCAUGUUACAUGCGCUCAAAGGGAAGGGUUUUUAUCGGAAGCGCACACCGAAGAAGUUGAUCAAGCCGACCCAUUUUACGCUCAUUGUAAAUUACAUUCGGAUAAAACACUUGUUAAACGGCGAAAACGAAAUUAUUUAGCUCUACAAUUAAGAAUGCAUUAUCGAAAAUUGCAAUUUCUUAAAGGAGGCCACAAUGAUACACCCGAACAAUUGAGGAUUAAUAAAAAAUUAAGCAAAUCUAUGCAGAAAUAUUUGAGUAAUAAAAUUCAAAGGACACCGCCUUGGGUUCCAACACAAAAGAUGCCAAGGUUAUUAACAACAAGUGCAUCAGCCUGUCGAAAAUUAUUAAAAAAAGCUGAAUUAAUGGGAAUAGAUACAUCUCAAUUAGAAAUGCAAGAGACCCAAAUAACGACUUUAAUGGAUAUUCGUAGAAAGUGGCAUAUUCCACCAGCGUUUACAGUUGAAUUUAUCGCAUAUUAUCUCGAUCGUAACGACAGGUUAAAAGGGAUGCAAGAUUCUUUAGAAGAAUUAAUUGUAAGUAAUAAAGUUUUAAACGACGAACAGAAAUCGUUGAGGGAUAAAUACGAAGAGGUAAGUAAAGAACAUAACGAAGAAUUAGCAAAAAGUUCAAAUUUAAAAGAAUUAGUAACGAAAUGUCACGAUUUUAUCUCGUAUUUAUGCCCCAAUAAAAAAUUACCGAACAUCGAAGACAUCGGAAAACCGAUCAUAACAAGACAACCACAGAAUUUAGUUGUCCCAACAGCGGCGGCGUUAAAAAUGGGCGUUGGUUUCCCGUUAAAUAACAUCCCAUCAAAUCGAAACGAUCGUGUUUUAAGCAGUCACGCUAGAAAUCAAGAUCCGUUACUUCUUCACGAAUGCGCAACUUGUAAACAAAAACGAGAUCAACAUUUAUUAGCAAAAUGCGACACUUGUCAUUUAUAUUAUCAUUUAAACUGCCUCAACCCACCGUUAUUACGUUUACCGAAAAAAUCGAAACAAUACGGUUGGCAAUGUUCCGAAUGCGAUAAAACAUCGGACUCGGAAGUCGAAUUAAAUGUAGCUCCAAGAAGAAGUCGCGGUCGUUUUAGUAAGGACAAAUCUGACCAAGAAAGUUCUUUUACACCCAAAGUAAAAAUAAAACCGUUGGAACGCCCUAGUUCUUCGCCAAAAAACGAAGACCGCGAAGUUGAAAUGGAAAUGAUGAAUUCAAUGGUGAAUAACGAAGAUGUUAGCUUUAAUAAUAGCUGUAACGUUCCCGUUGAGGCUAAUCCGGUUGAUACAACAGGACUUGAAACUAUUUUAAUUACUUCUGUUAAAAGUGGGAAAAAACGCAGAAGGGAUAAACAUAAGAAUCGAUAUUCACCGGAAUUGGGCGGAAGUGUUCGAGAACACAAAAGGAAAAGAAAGAAGAAAAGUAUUGAUUUGGAAAAUCCAAAUCCCCCACACCCAAGAAUAACUAUUAAGAUUAAACCAAUUCCUUUACCAGCUGGUGAAGUGGCUUCACGUUCAAACCCACAAUGUUUUUACGUAAAUAACGAAAAUAAUGAUCCUCCCCCACCAAUUCCAAUAAUUCCAAUAGUUACGCCGAUAAUACCCCCUGAACCACCAAUAUUACAACAAACUAAAGAUCCAAUUGGAUCACCAACGUGCACGUGCGACGUGUGCAAGGAAGAUUGCUACGCGAAUACAUCAGUUAAUUGCGACGAAUGUAAAAAGGGGUAUCAUUUUACCUGUUUAGAUCCGCCGUUAAAGAAAACCCCAAAAAGGAGGGGGUAUUCAUGGCAUUGUGCUGAUUGCGAUCCCACAGAAGUGAGCCCCAACAACCACUUCUUUGGGGAUGGAUCGAAGGUUAACUUUUAUAAAUUAUUUUUAGGAAUUUCAUUGUUAUUAAUUAGUGGAAGAAAGAAAAACUUAAGUUUAAUAUAUAGAAAAAGUUCUUUUCAUGCGUUUUUUUUUUAUAAAAGUAUUUACACAUAAUGUGUCUUUAUUUUUUUU